AUGGGCGCCAAAUCCCCUGAGCACGAGAGCCAGAAUGGCGGUAACGACCCGUCGAACUCAGCCAAUGCUACUGCAGCAGGCGGCGAACCUCGCGGCACCCACCUGUCCCGCGACGGUGAUGGAAGCCUCGGAGAUGGCGACAGCGACGACGAUGGCGGCGACGGAGACGAAGCUGGCGCUGUUACCGGGUCGCUGACGUCGCAACCCUCGUCGUCGAACGCUUCCAAGAAGAAGAGAAGAAAGAAGCCUAAGAAGAAGGCUGUUUUGAAGCAGUCCUUCCCACCUCGAGUUCCAUUGGACCAGUUGUUCCCAUCCGGCGAGUUCCCUGCUGGUGAGAUUCAGGAAUAUGCGAGCCCCAUCGACACAACGGCCCGCACUCCCGCCGAGGAGAAGCGCUACGAGGCCCGUCGCCAGGCGCAGGACGACACGUGGCUCCAAAACUACCGAAAGGCUGCGGAGGUGCAUCGCCAAGUUCGUCACUGGGUCCAGGAGACUGCUCGCCCGGGUACGACUCUCACCGAGCUAGCAGUGGGGAUUGAAGAUGGCGUGAGAGCGCUGCUCGAUAACCCCGGGCUGGAGACUGGAAGUGCGCUGAAGUCCGGACUGGGAUUCCCUCCUGGGCUAGCGCUCAACCACUGCGUUGCGCACUUUACUCCGAACCCGGGCCAGCCGGAAGUUGUCUUGAAGUCGAGCGAUGUCAUGAAGGUCGAUUUCGGUGUUCACAUCAACGGUUGGAUCGUUGAUAGUGCGUUCACCAUGUCUUUUGACCCGAUCUAUGACAACUUGCUUACCGCCGUCAAAGACUCUACGAACACCGGCAUCAGGAAUGCCGGAGUUGAUGUUCGUAUCAGCGAUGUUAGUGCAGCUAUCCAAGAAGUCAUGGAAAGCUACGAGGUUGAGAUCGGCGGAAAGGUCUUCCCUGUCAAGCCAGUGCGUAAUAUCACCGGCCACAACAUAAAACCUUACAAGAUCCAUGCCGGAAAGUCGGUCCCCUUUGUGAAAACCAAGGACCAGACCAAGAUGGAAGAAGGCGAAGUCUUCGCCAUUGAGACGUUCGGAACCACAGGCCGUGGGUAUACCGUUGAUGGGACCGGCGUUUAUGGGUAUGGAAAGGACUAUGAGGCCCCGAAGCGGGUGGUGACACCUUUUACCUCUGCCAAAGCCCUUUACAAGAAGAUCAAUGAGAAUUUUGGUACCAUUGUGUUCAAUCGCCGGAGUCUUGAACGUCUAGGGGGGGUCAUGGACGUCUAUCCACCUCUUAUGGAUAUUGAGGGAUCCUACUCUGCUCAAUUUGAACAUACCGUAUUACUAGGACCUUGCAAUAAAGAGGUCAUCAGCCGUGGAACUGACUAUUAA